AUGCGCAGCUUGAGCUCAGCGUCGUGGUUGCUGAGCAACGCAAAGACUUUCACUCCGCCAGCAGCGAGCGUCUGGGGUGCUGCACUCUGGAACCUGGUCGUCCAGCGCCGCAAGAGCUCCCUGGAGCCGGCCCGGACGCCUUCGGUACCUGCAGAGAACGGUGCGCAGCCGCACGCUGCUGCUGAGGCGGAUAAAGCGGCCGACUCGGUUACUCCAGAGACACAAGCGGAUAUUUCGCAACUCGCCUCGGUGCUUGACCAUCCACUUCUUGUCGUGACUCGCGAAAUUGAAUGGGGAAACCUGUUGAUCGGAUUCGAACAAGCCAAUAAGUAUGCCAUUCGACUGGCGGAUGGACGCAUUGUUGGCUUUAUUGCAGAGGAAUCAUCGCUUGGGCGAGCUAUUUUACGACAAGCACUCCGCACACAUCGCGCUUUUCAGGCGACGGUCAUGGACGCAAUGGGAACGCCAGUUCUUCGGGUGCAUCGACCGGCGUACCUGAUUUCCUCAUCGAUUUCGGUGUAUCGUUUGUUUGGAGACACGGUGGGUCCACUGCUUGGCGAAGUGCAUAUGAACUGGCACCUGUGGCGUCGUCGCUAUGAUCUGUUCGAUGCCCAAGGUCGUCAGUUUGGCGAAAUCGACGCGCCUCUCUUAUCGGUUCAGUUUCCCAUUCGAGGUGAAGGUGCGGGUUCCACGGAAGGGCCAGGUGUUCUCGCUUCGAUUGAUAAGGACUGGACAGGCCUCGGAAGAGAACUUUUCACGGACGCCCGGCAGUACGUGAUUCGAAUGGACCCAGCAGUGACACCUCAAGGCGUUAUCGCAGAUGCGCAACGUAAGCUCGGUUUACCGGAGGGCGCCCCGCUAGCCUCGGCCUCAGGUCCGGUGGAGCCCGCUCAGGCGGCCGUACCAAGCCGCCUAGAGACUCCCGCGGAGGCUCUCCAGCGGGAACGAGAACGUCAUCGUCAGUCACUGGAGCAUGACGGGCACGCUGGACGACUCUACGCGCCGUAUGCAUCGACAAGUACCGCUUCGGACUGCAGCCUGAGCGAGCUGGACAUGGCCAAACGCGCAGUUAUUUUAGCAGCAGCCAUUAGCAUUGAUUUCGACUAUUUCUCGCUACACAGCGGAAGUCCUGGUAUGUUCCACAUGCCUUUCUUUUUCCCGAUACCCAUUCCCGGAUUCGGAGGUGCUGCCAAAGCAGAGAACGAUGCGCCGCCCGCGGAUACAUCUUCGUCGAGUGCGACUAGCACCGGAACCAGCGGCGCUGAAGCGGCAGCAGCAAGCGGCAGCACCGAAACACCACCAUGGAUGCAACGUGGUGCUCAGGAUGGAUCAGGAGGCGGAGCAGCGUCUACUGGCCCGAAUCCGGACAAAGCAGCAGAUCCCUGGGCAACGUUCGAGCCCGGAGUCGAGGACCCAUCGCAAGGCAACAGCUUUGAUACCGAUAUCGACGCUGGCUACGACGAGGGCGCCUGGGACACAUCACCCGACGCGGAUACCUCUGGUGGAUUCAUAGAAUCUCUCUGGGGGGCACUUUCGGGCGACGACGACGACGACGACGAAGACUAG